CGUGGCUUUGCAGCCCCUUCCUGGAGGCCGGCGGCACUGCUGGGGCCCGGACGGAGCAGCUGCCUUUGCACGCCCAGCUCGCCCCUUCCGGCUUCCUGAAGGCAGCCCCGCUCCAUGCACGGAGCACAACGAGGGGAGGAGCUGUGAGCCGCAUCUGUGGAAGAUGCAGCCCUUCCACUGCCUUCUGGGUGGCACCAGGUUGCUGCACCGCAGGCCUGCGGGCUGGACAUUGCAGCUGGCGCUGCGAACUUGGAGUUCCGCAUGCUGCAGCCCGGAUUCUGGGGCUCACGCAAAGGAAGCCAAGCAGAUGGGAGGAGGCCUGGAAGCUCUUCGUGCCAAGUUAGCCACCGGGCCGGCCAUGCAGCAUUUUCUACAAGGCGCUGCCGCUGCUCAGGAAAGCUGCCGUUUGCCAGAUGACGCCGAGGAGGAUGCCGAUCACUACCUUGGGGCCAGUGCGCUGGCCAAGGUGCCACGGAAAGUGUAUCUGGAGACUUAUGGCUGUCAGAUGAACGUCAACGAUACGGAGAUCGCCUGGUCCAUCCUUCAGAGGAGUGGCUACCUGAGGACCAGCAGCUUGCAGGAGGCGGAUGUCGUUCUGCUUGUCACGUGUUCCAUCAGGGAAAAGGCUGAGCGGACCAUCUGGAAUCGCCUGCAGCACCUCAUAACCCUCAAGUCCAAGCGGUCUUCCUCCCGGGUCCCUCUCCGCAUCGGGAUUUUGGGCUGCAUGGCGGAGAGGCUGAAGGAGAAGAUCUUGGACCAGGAGAAGAUGGUGGAUGUUGUGGCUGGCCCUGACGCUUACCGUGACCUUCCUCGGCUCCUGGCGGUGGCUGACACCGGCCAGCAAGCUGCCAAUGUUCUUCUGUCCCUGGAUGAAACCUAUGCAGACGUUCUACCUGUCCAAAACAGCACCAGCUCCACAUCUGCAUUUGUAUCCAUCAUGCGUGGCUGUGAUAACAUGUGCAGCUACUGCAUCGUGCCCUUCACCCGUGGCCGCGAGCGGAGCCGGCCCAUCGCCUCCAUCCUCCAGGAAGUGCAGCUGCUGUCUGAUCAGGGCGUGAAGGAGGUGACCCUCUUGGGGCAGAAUGUAAACAGCUACCGAGACACCUCCGAGGUCGAGUUCCUCUCUGCGGCGCCCGCCCCCCUGAGCCGUGGCUUCAGCACCAACUACAAGCCCAAACUGGGUGGCUUGCGUUUUGCGGCCCUUCUGGACCGCGUGUCCCUAGUUGACCCCGAAAUGCGGAUUCGCUUCACUUCCCCACACCCCAAAGACUUCCCAGAUGAGGUCUUCCAGCUCAUGCGAGAAAGGCCCAACCUCUGCAAGCACAUCCACCUCCCUGCACAGAGCGGCAGCACCCGCGUCCUGGAGGCCAUGCGGAGAGGGUAUACCCGGGAGGCGUAUCUGGAGCUGGUGCACCACAUCCGAGCCUCCCUGCCAGGCGUCAACUUCAGCAGUGAUUUCAUCGCCGGCUUCUGCGGGGAGACGGAGGCCGACCAUCAGCAGACAGUCUCUCUCCUGCGCCAGGUCCGCUACAACGGGGCCUUCAUCUUCGCCUAUAGCAUGCGGCAGAAAACCCGGGCGUUUCACCGGCUGCAGGACGACGUGCCCUCGGAAGUGAAGCUCCGGCGGUUGAGGGAGCUCAUGGCCGUGUUCCGGGAAGAGGCUGCUGCGGUCAACGCUGCUGCUGUAGGGCGUGCGCAAGUGGUCUUGGUGGAAGGUCCCAGCAGGCGCUCCCCUUCAGACUUGUGCGGCAGGAACGACGGCAACAUCAAAGUGAUCUUCCCUGACGUAGAGAUGGACGACGGCUCCGGGCUCGGAUCGACAGCGAAGGCCAAACCGGGAGACUACGUCCUGGUGAAGAUCUCCUCUGCGAAUUCCCAGACCCUGAAGGGCGUCCCUCUCCGUCGAACCACCCUGAGAGAAGCGGCAGCUUUCUCAGAAUGCUGACGUGAGCCAGAUCCGGAAAGAACAAAGUUCUAGGGCAUGGAUGCUGGCCGGAGCUUCAGUGUUCCUUAGAAGGAUGUAACUCUACUUAGAAUUCUACUGCUCACGCCUCGUCCUUUCGUUCCUCGCUUCCUUACGGUAGCCUGCCGGAAUGUCACGCCGCUUCCUGGUUUUGGUUUGAAGCCCUGGAUGCUGUUCAGUCGGCUCCAGGAACAACGGCUGUCUCUGUGGAUCGGGGCCACAUAGAGGCUGAGAUAUUCACCUUAGAGCAUCUUUGCCCGGGCAUGCGGAACUUCUCUGCCCACCCAGGGUGAUUGCAGUGCAACGGUGUGUAUGAACGGAAAGGGGAAGAACUAAUAAAUGGAGUAUUUUGGUAA